CCUGUGUAUCCUCUCCUCUUGUGUCUCCUUCUUGUGGCUGCUCGGGCAGAUGCCUGUGGCCUGUCGGAUGCCGCCCAUAUCGAGAGCCUGCAAGAGAAGUCGCAGUGUGCACUGGAGGAGUAUGUGAGGAGCCAGUACCCUAACCAGCCCAGCCGCUUCGGCAAACUCCUACUGCGACUGCCCUCCCUGCGUACCGUGUCCUCCUCGGUCAUCGAGCAGCUCUUCUUCGUCCGUUUGGUAGGUAAAACCCCCAUCGAAACUCUCAUCCGGGAUAUGUUACUGUCUGGGAGCAGCUUCAACUGGCCUUACAUGUCCAUCCAGUGCUCCUAGACCUUGGGCGCUUCCCACCUGCCCCCACCCCCCUAGAGACUCAGAGGACCGGCGGGGGCCAUGGACUCCAAAGCUUCGGGGACAUCAGGUGGCUGUUGCAGGGUGCAGCCAGGCAGGGGGGAGGUGGGCUGGGCCAACAGGAGCAGCCCACCCUGCAGGAAUGCAACCCGAGCUGCAAACCAGGAGAAAAAGAGACUCUCUUUAGGAUCAGAUCUGUGAACAAGUUGGAAAGGAAAGAAAAAGGACCUUGUGUCUGGUGAGAAAAGGAAAAAAAAAAAAAUUUGAAGAGAGGACCAUGAGAAUUUUAAUAAAACAGAAGGAGACUAAUGGACCUUCCAGGAUUUAUUGUGGACGGAUGUGGAUAUAUUCUGUACAGAAAAACAACACACAUGGAAGUGGACUGAAUUCUAUGUAGAAACACACACACACACACGCACACACAAACA